GCUGACAACACAUUUCAAGUAUAUAAAAACCUUACUGUCAACUUAAAAUCGUCAUUCCCACAACAUGAAGGCCGUCUGCCUCAUUGUCUUCCUCACCCUGGCCCGCUACUCAGCGGGUCACAUCUUCAGGCGACAGUACUACCCCCAGGACAGCCUUAUUGUCCAACCUCUGGAUUACAUCAACCAGGCUCAAGAGCUGUACCCAGGACAGCAGAGCCAAGAGGACUCCCGCCAGAACUCGAACGAGCGCAAUGUUAAAUACCAGCAAAGCGGCAGACAGAACCAGAAAAACCGCCAACAGCAGCAACCUGAGUACGGUCAACAACAGGAGUACCGCCAACAAAGCGAGCAAUCGCGUCAGCAGCCCGAGUACCGUCAACAGAAUGAGCAGUACCAACAGCCUCAGUACCGUCAACAGAACGAGCAGUACCAGCAACCUCAGUACCGUCAACAGGGCGAGCAGUCCCGCCAAAACAAACAGAAGCAUCAUCAGACCCGCCAAACCAAACAACAGGUCCAACAAACCCAUGAUUCCACCUCCGCCGAGAGCUCGCAAGAAACUAGAAAGAUAUACAGCGAAUACGCCAUGCCCGUCUAUGCUGAUGCCGGCGAGUUGAAUACCCGCCUGUACUUCGGUCAGCCAGAGAUGAGGCCCGCCUAUGGCGAUGCCGUCGCCUGGAGAGGCGUCGAGAUCGCUGCCAAUGCCAAUACUCCCGUAGAUAGGCAAGACAUUCAGAAGAUCUUCAAUGAAGCCUAUAAAACCAUGAAGCACGUCAGCCAGGAAGACAAGAAGAUCUUCCACCAAGCCUAUGAACAGGCGGCCAAGACUGACAACGAAGACGCCCACCUUAAUGCCACCCAGCUCCUCAACAAGUACCAGUACGCCGUCGACACGCACACCAUCAAGACUGAUGAUGGCUACUUCCUCACUCUGUUCCGCAUCCAACCGAAAGAACAAACCCUCGUGCAGAGACCAGUCGUGUUCUUGAUGCACGGUCUGCUCGGAAGCGCCGACGACUGGCUGCUGAUGGGCCCCGGCAAGUCUCUGGCCUACCUGUUGGCGGACGCUGGCUACGAAGUCUGGCUGGGCAACGCUCGCGGCAGCAAGUACUCCCGCCGCCACGUCAGCAAGCACCCCGCCCAAGCCGACUUCUGGCAGUACAGCACAGACGAGAUCGCUCUCCACGACUUGCCCGUUAUGAUCGACUACGUUCUCAAGACCUCCAGCCAGGAGAAACUGUACUACGUCGGCUACUCUCAGGGUACCACUGCCUUCUUCGCUCUGGCCGCCGCCCGCCCCGAGUACAACAACAAGAUCAUCAUGAUGUACGCCCUCUCCCCAAUGGCGUACAUGUCCAAUGUGCGCAGCCCGCUGCUCCGCAUGAUCGCGCCGACCAGCGCCUUCUACGAGCGCCUGCACGAGCAGCUCGGACACGGCGAGUUCAAGCCCAGCAAGGAGCUCGUGAACACCUUCGGCGGCGCCAUGUGCGAGACUGAGAUCGGCUGCAGAAACGUCUGCUCCAACAUCAACUUCGUCAUGUCCGGCGUCGGCGUAGAGAACCUGGACGUGGAGCUAAUCCCGGUGAUCAUGCAGCACCUGCCCGCCGGCGCCUCCACCCGCCAGAUCAAGCAGUACGCGCAGGCCGUCGCUCACAACGAGUUCACCAAGUACGACUACGGCGCGGAGAUCAACCAGAGAGUGUAUGGAAGCGCGCAGCCCCCGAAAUACAACAUGCAGAAGGUCCAGACUCCAGUUGCUUUGUACUACAGCGAGGAAGACUGGCUGGCGCACCCCAGCGACGUGGAGAGGCUGGCCAAGGAGCUGCCCAACGUGAAGGACUUGUACAAGGUGCAGCACUACAGCAACAUGGACUUCCAGUUCUCAAAGAACGCCCCUGAGAUGGUCUACAACAGGCUCAUCCAGUCCAUCCAGAAGCAAUCCAACCAGCAGCAGAACUACGGUUAUUAGGAUAAUUAACUUAUGUAAUUGUAUAUUUUUGUAGGUUUAUCAUUUCAUUCAUUUAUAAGAUGUAUUGUUUUUUUACCUCAUAGGAGUUUAAAUAAAUUCGUCCAUCAGUAUUA